AUGGCGAGCCCCAAGGAGAGACGCAUCGGCAAGGAGCUCAUGGACAUCCGCGCAGACAAGGACAACUCUGGCGUCUUCGCGUACCCGAUUGACGAGUCCAACCUCCUCCACCUCAAGGGGUCGUUCCCCGCUCCUCCCGACACCCCAUAUGCCGGCGGCCAGUACGAAGUCGACAUCAAGAUUCCCGACAACUACCCCUUCAAGUCCCCAUCAUCAAGUUCGAUACCAAGAUUUGGCACCCCAAUGUCAGCAGCCAAACCUGGCUGGUCUCCCGUGCAGACCAUCAAGACCGCCCUCCUCUCCCUCCGCAUGCUGCUCGAGUUCCCGAAUCCCAAAGACCCGCAGGAUGCAGAGGUCGCCAAGAUGAUGAUCGAGAACCCCGAGGGCUUCGCAAAGAAGGCGCAUGAAUGGGCUGUCAAAUACGCUGGCGCUCCGCCUAAGGACUUCGACACCACUAAGUGGAAGAAGGAGUCCGCAGCCGAGGCCAAGGCCAACGACGAGAGCAGGUACAUGGGCUACAACAAGGAGCUUGUCGACCGCUUUGUCAACAUGGGCUUCGAGGUUGAUGCCGUAGUUGACGCUUUUGUCUUCGUAGGCAUUGACCGCAACAACGGUGCGGACUACGAGCUGGAGGAGGCGUACAUGGGAGACAUCACUGCCCGGCUUCUGGGCGAGCAGUAA